GUUAGCAGCAAACUUUGCUGCAGCGCAACUUGACGGGAGAAAGCAGCAGCAAUUGUCUCCAUCAAUCCAGCUGAAUAAAUGCAGCAGCAGCAGCAGCAGCAACAACAACAACAGUAGCAGCAGCAGCAGCAGGAAGAGCAGCAACACUCAUGAGGACCCACCAGCUCAGUAUGCAAAUCCUCGAGGCGAGUUUGCUGCUGCAGCAGCGCAACAUUGUAAUUUACAGGUUCUGCAGCAGCAGCAGCAGCAGCAGCAGCAACAGCAGCAACAGCAGCAGAAGCAGCAAGUGUGGGGUGUUGUUACAGGACUGGUGUUCCAGCAGCAGCAGCAGCAGCAGCAGCAGCAGCAGCCGGGUUUAGGUAUGUGUGCUGCUUGUCUUCCUCUGCCUUCUGUAAGAAGGUCCAACAACACACCUGCAGCAACAGUGUGUAUUGCUGCAGUAGCAGCAACAGCAACAGCAACAGCAACAGCAGCAGCACUAGCGAAGACAAAGCAGCAGAAGCAGCAGAAGCAGCAGCAGCAGCAGCAGCAUAUGCUUUUCGGCAGCAAUCUUCUGCCUCUAAAGCAACGACGACAACAACAGCAACAGAAGCAGCAGCAGCAGCAGCAGCAACAGCAGCAGCAGCAGCAGCAAGUAACAGAGCAGCAGCUAAUAGACUUUAUUCAGGGCCUCGGCUUCAAAGCAACACUCUGCAGCAGCAGCAGCAGCAGCAGCAGCAGCAGCAGCGAUAGAGGGAGAGGAGACAAUAGGGGGACAGCUGAGCUGUCGUCCCCGUCUACGCAUGCAGCAGCAGCAGCAGCAACAGGGGAGGAGCAGCAGCAGCAGCAAGCCAAACGCAAGUUAGCCACCUUCCAAGUUACCGGGAUGAGUUGCGGUUCUUGUGUACGGACAAUAGAGCAGCACUUGCUGCACCUCCCGGGUGUCACUGCAGCAAAUGUCUCCUUGCUGCUGGAGCGGGCAACUGUAGAGUACCGUGCUGCUGCUGCUGCAGCAACAGCAACAACAGCAGCAGAAGCAGCAGCAACAGCAGCAGCAGCAACAGCUGCAGCAGCAGAACAUGGAGAAUCUACAACAACAGCUGACGAGCUGCAGCAGCAACUAACCAGCAUAGGUUACCGUGUGCUGCUGCUGUCUGACCAAGUAAUGGUGCAGCAGCAGCACGACAGCAGCAGCAGCGCAGCAGCAGCAGCAGCAGCAGCAGCAGAAUCUGUCUUGCAUGUUAGCCCUAUAGACGUGCGGUCUCUUGGCGACCCCGUGUUCAAUAUAAAUAAGGCAGCAGAAGUUGCUGCUGCUGCUGCUGCAGCAGCAGGAACUCCUUCUACGUAUCCUUGCUGCCCCCCUGCACCAACUGCUGCUGCUGCUCCUCCUCCUCCUGCAGCAGCAGGAGCAGCAGCAGCAGCAGCAGACAGCAAGGCGGCUGCUGUAUGGGGCAAAAGCUUUAAGGAUUUCUUGCUAUCUGUCCCUGGCGUAGUCUCUGUAGCAAUAGCAGCAGACACAGCAGCAGCAGCAGCAGACCACAGCAGCAGCAGCAGCAGCAGCAGCAGCAGCAGCAGCAGCAGCAGCAAUAUAUGUAUGCUGACGACUGCAUGCAAAGGAUUAUAUCCUGCUGCAGCAGCACAGCAGCUACAGCAGCAGCAGAUUGCUGCUAUUGCGUCUCUUCCUGCUGCUGCUGUCCCUGUUGAGCUGCUGCAGUUAGGAGACAUUCUUAGAGUCCCCUUAGGCUCUGCUGUACCUGCAGAUGGGGAGAGUCAUCCUGUCUGUAAGGGACAAGGGGAGACAGUCUUAGGUGGCUCUAUUGUUGUUGCAGCAGCAACAGCAGCAGCAGCAGCAGCAGCAGCAGCAGCAGAAGCAGCAACAGCAGCAGCAGCAUCAGCACCAGCAUCGUUAUGCAGCAGCCCUUCCCCGUCACAAGAGAGAGACAGCUCGCCUACAGAUGGCGCUGCUGCUGCUGCUACUAUUGCUGCUGCUCAGCAUCAUCAGCAGCAGCAACAGCAACAGCAGCAGCAGCAGCAGCAGGAAGAAGAAGAAGAAGGAGGAGGAGCGUUGCUGCUGCAGGUAACAGAAUUAGGCAGCAGCUCUGCCUUAGGGCAAGUGCAGCAACUCGUGCUGCAGUCAUACAGCAGCAAACCUCAUAAGCAGCAACUAUAUGAUAAAGUUGCAGCAGCAGCAAUAAUCGUUGGCGCAGUGCAGCAGCUACCAGCAGCAGCGCAGCAGCUGCUGCACAGGCUGCAGCUGCAGCAGCAGCACCAGCAGCAACAGCAGCAGCAGCAGCAGCAGGAAGGAGACACAAGGGAAAAGAGGCUACCGUCUCUCCCUAUCGAUUGGAUUUCUGUCUCCUCUUGGGAGUCUCCUCAGGAGACGUCUCCCCAGCCCCAACAGCAGCAGCAACAGCAGCAGCAGCAGCAGGAAGACCAACAAGAACAACAAGACCACCACCAGCAGCAGGAGCAGCAGCAGCAGCAGCAGCAGCAGCAGCAGAACCUAGAGAGUGGUGUCCCCCCACUACGGGCUCCUGACAGUUUUACGAGUAUCCCUGGUCGUGGUAUCCGUUGUAGCAUUGAUUCUGUGGAGGUGCAAGUCUUUGCUGCUUCUGCUGCUGCUGCUGCUGUGCAGCAGAAGCAACAGCAGCAACAGCAGCAACAGCAGCAACAGCAACAGCAGCAACAACAGCAACAGCAGCAGCAGCAGCAGGGAGUCUGCAGGGGACAAGGAUGGUGCUGCUGCAGCCCCUGCAGGUGCAAGAAAGGAGGACCUAAUUGCGGUUGUAUAGAGGAGGGGAAGACGUUACUGCCUAUAGAGAUAAAGGAGUGGGCAGCAGCAGAGCAGCAAAAAGGAGGCACAGUUGUUGUGCUGCAAGCAGCAGGAAUCAUCUUAGGUAUUCUCCUCACCUAG